AUGAGUUUUGAACGCGCGGCUGGAACGAAGCAGGUCAAGUACGGAACGGCCGGUUUUCGCGGACCAGCUAACGAUGGCCAAAUGGGCUUUAUUGUCAAAAGGUCGGGAAUUACCGCGGCUUUGAGAUCGAGAAAGUUGGGCAAGGCAACUGGCUUGAUGAUUACUGCUUCUCACAAUCCUGUUCAAGACAACGGCGUCAAGGUAACAGAGCCUCUUGGUGAAAUGCUCGUCCCAAGUUGGGAAGGUCUCGCCACAAAUCUGACCAAUGCAGAUGACCUCAAUGCUGAGGUCGAAAAAAUCAUCAAAGACGAGGAAAUUUGCUCUUCCUCCGAAGGACUUGUCGUUCUUGGCCGAGAUACUCGACCAAGCAGCUCCGAAUUAUCGUAUGCCGCUGCUGAGGGGAUCAUCCAGGCUCAGUCUAGAUCUCUGAAUUUAGGCGUUGUAACAACACCGCAACUUCACUACUUAACCUACAAAAUCAACACGGGAACGCCCGUCUUCAAGCUCGACUUGGAUCUGUAUUAUUCCGAUUUCACCAAUGCCUUUUUGGAAAUCACCAAGAAUUCUGCCAAUCUCGGUAACCUUGUGGUCGACUGCGCCAAUGGCGUCGGUCAUUUAGCCGGAGCUCAGUUCGCCAAGCGGCUCGAGUCAAAGGUCAAUGUCAAGCUGACUAAUGUCGGAGAUGGGCAGCUCAAUCAUGAGUGCGGAGCCGAUUUUGUCAAAACUGGCCAAAGAGCUCCAGUUGGAUCCGAAAUGGAAGAGGGCGUGCGAUACUGCUCAGUAGACGGCGAUGCUGAUCGACUGGUCUAUUACUUUUUGAGAAAUGGAAAGUUCUUCCUCCUUGAUGGCGACAGAAUCGCUUGCUUGAUCGCUACUUAUCUUCAAAAACGUCUCGGAGAGGAGACAUCGGUUAACUUCGGCGUCGUUCAAACUGCUUAUGCCAACGGAGCGAGCACCAACUACUUAUCCUCUCUUGGAAUCAAAACUGUUUGCACCAAGACCGGCGUGAAACACCUCCACCACGCCGCUUUGGACUUCGACAUCGGUGUUUACUUCGAGGCAAAUGGCCACGGAACCGUGCUUUUCAACGAAUCCGCGAUCGGAAAACUCGAAAAAGAAGGCCAGACGGAAAUUCUAGCGCUCGCCAAACUCGUCAAUCAAACUGUCGGUGAUGCCUUCUCCGAUAUGCUCGCUGUCGAAGCUGUCUUGCAUUUACUCAACUGGAGCAUUGAGGAUUGGGCGGCGAUGUACUCCGACUAUCCAAAUCGACUCAUGAAGGUCAAAAUCGCCAACCGAGCGGAUAUCCAAGUGACUAACGCUGAAAGAACUUGCCUGGCUCCAGCUGGUCUUCAGGAGAAACUCGACGCCCUGGUCGCCCCAGUGACGAACGGAAGAUCAUUUGUGCGAGCAAGUGGAACGGAAGAUGUCGUCCGAGUCUACGCAGAAGCCGACACUGCCGAGAACUGUAAUAAAUUGUCCAUCGACGUGGCAAAUUUAGUUUACGACAUGGCAAAUGGUCAAGGCGACAAACCAUCACUGUGA